GUGAAUUUACUUAGCGAUAGGACACCACCACGCGCAUUCGGCACUCGGUUGAGUGGAAAUGGGUGAAGAUGCAACAGACGGCUCUUCACAGGUCGUCUAGGGGUCACUGCAGCCAAAGGACAACUGUUACAGAUUGAUGCCCGUGUUCAUUCUCUCAGGGAGGAUCGUCUUGGGAUCUGCCGAUUUCUCCAGAUGCCCCGUAUACCGGGAAGCCGGGAUUCCUGGCACCAUAGUCCAGGGGUUAUGAUAUAUUAUGUAUAUACCAGCUAUCUGAUCUGUCAUAGGCCUCCAAUGCAACAUAUCGUUGUUAUCUGGUAAAUAGAGGCCAACGGUAGUCCCGUAAGCUUCUACUAUGAAUAUGCGGAGUGGCGAGCCUUGUGUGUCGAUGUCAUUCACCUGCUCUAAGACCAGCGAGACCUAUCCAACCUCUCUUCACCCAAUAACGACCAGGACCUCCGAAUCUUUCCUCCAGGGAGGCUACAGGUGGCAGGUCUCGUGAGCAAGUUUUGGCUUUCAAUACUACAAGGUCGAUGCAUUCAUAGCAGGACUUGACUUUCCGUUAUUCAUAUUUUCUCGGGGAACAUUUUUAUAUGAUGGGUAGCUUUCUAUUUCAUGUCAAUGAAAGCCCAUAAAAUCCGUUGGAACCUCCACCUGGACGGCACAGUGUUGGUGUCUUCAAGGUCCAGUUCCGCUGACAAAGGGCUCGUAGCAGAUAUUUAGCCUGCAGCAACCGCAGUCAACAAUUCGCCAUAGCCAGAAGGCAUAUAAUACGGUCAAAGAAGCCACUUCUUGAAGACUGCAUACGCAAAGCAGCCACGGAGAACCUUCGGUUCAAAGAGAAUUCAGCGUUAUAUGCAAAGGGGCUUCAAUUACAUAUUCCUUCACCAAGUCUAUCUCAAUGCUUUGAUAUUAACGCAUCUGGCGUAGCUAAGGACUCCUUGAGAUCGUCCCAUCGACCUUUUCUCAAUGGGUCCAGUCGCAUCACUUCGCUGAGCCAUGUUGAUAUCCUUUGUUGCUGCACGUCAUCCACAUGUUUGUUAAUUUUAGCAGCAAGCAAAGUGUAGGUGAUCAGCGCUUGAUAUACCCAUUUACAGUCGUUAGUAUCCUCCAGUAUAUCUUCGAUAGCUUCAAUUUCUUGCUCCAGAUACUGCAGACGGUCUUUGGUAGUCAGGUUCGGCGCCAUUGUCUGAGAAGAAAGUUCUAUGUCGCAGACGCACAUUAAGUACUGGUGAUAGAACCAAAUUGAUUGGUCAUAUGGGUCGAUUAAUGCACGAUGAAUGAGGCUCAGCUCUGUAUAUUGUUAGACGUCAUGCACUUUGAUACAGUGGGAAGAUAAAAGGGAGACAAACCGUUAUCAAGAGUCUUCUUUCUCUUUUCAUCAUCAGCUGCACUUUCGUCUAAGACCUUGAGAAUCAAUCUAGACCUGUUGUGCCAUGCGGAGAAAUUCGAUAGGUUGGUUCCAAUCAUUUUCAUGGUAUAAUCCAGCUCAUCCUGGGUCAUAGAUUUUAAGGCUUCCUUCCCCGUAGAUUCGGAUGGUCCAUCAGGUAUAUUUUCAAGUGCAUCGAUCACCGCCCGUCGGUAUCCCCAGCCAUGAAAAUUCCGUCCAUCCUUAUUAAGCAUUUUCCCUACCAAACCAAGCUCGGUUUCCCAAAACUUGCGCGAAACAGCAGAACUUAGACGUUCAGUGGCUUGUUGUAGAAGCCAUAGACGGUGAUUCCAUAUCCAAUAACAUUUCGGAUUCUUCUGUAGCAGUGGCACAAGAAAACCCAGGUCCUGCUGGAUAAGCUGCUGAGUAUGGUCGGUCGGCUGUCCUUCCUGAGUGGAGUCCUCUGAAAACAUUGACUGCAAUAUCAUGCGUCUGUAGUUCCAUACGGUAUAGUAUUCUGCAUUUUUUAGAAGCAGUUCGGAGGUCUUGUCAAAUGCUUCCUUUGAGAAUUCACUCUUCGCUUUCUAUUUCCCUGUAAUCAGCUUGACUUCUCUCAAGAGAGAGAGUACAUGGCCAAAAGAAACACCUUUUGAAGUACCAGUGUGUCGAGUGCUUGGUACUCAGUGAUAGCUGUGAGCUCAGCUAGCCGCUGCGCCUCUGUUCUCUGGUUUGCUGCAGAUUGCCGCAGAACUCCAUGCUAUAUAAAAAUUAAUAUCAUGUACACAAAAGACACACGGCAGUGGCACACUACUUACGCUUGACAUGUUUAUGAAUAUCUGAGUACACGUAUCAAUGAAUAUUGGUUCCUUUAUUAUUAACCCCAACACGUUAUCUUCUUCUUUUCCUUUGCGACUUUUCUUUACGCCGUGAAGUUCGUUCUAUCUCGUUGUUGAUCCUCGAUUUAUUAGUAACGAACCAGAUUUGCGGGAAUGUUAUUCGCUGCAACCUUAUCAAAAAGUUUUCUAUCGACAUAACUAUUUAAUUGGGUGAAAGUUAAUAUUCAACUGGCCAAUAAUAUUAUAGAUAAAUUUUCAUUGGUUAGUCUUUAGUAACUAACUAGCUAAAAGUUGAGUUGGUCAAAAGAAAAGUUACAUUUUUGUUUUUGUACCACAACCCAGCCCUAUGUAGGAAACAAGAGGCUCUCUCUAGCAAACUUUGGGGAAGAAGGUAGUUUGCCGAUAGCUACACCAUAACUUGAAAUGCUUCCACGGUAAGUACACUAGCCUUAACACCAUUAACUAGACAAACCAGUAGAAAUCAAAAUGAAAUGAAAAGGUCCCUCUCCUCUCCUCUCCUCUGCAACCUAUCAGCAAUCAACUCAGCAACAUUUCGCUAGCACCUAUCCUGGUCCACCCCCUGGAGUAUGAAAUCGGUCAUAUGGUCGAUCGCAGCGUCCUUAUCCGCCGUGGUUAUCACCCCAUGGUCCACCAAUCGAUUUAACAUAUCACCCACAAAGUUCUGGCAAUUCCAUCCAUUUUCGCGGUUGUUAACAGGAGUGUAUAGGCAGAUAUUGCGAACUUCUUUUUGGGGCUUCGAAACUUGACAGAUAUGUUUGCGAUAAAGAAGAUUAUUACUGGUAAGAGGAUCGUAUCCUUCCAAACAAACUGCUUCAAAGGUACCCGGUGUACCCCUCACGUGGACUAAGUCUCCCCUUUCGUCGACUGGAUUAAAGACGAGAAGUGCGACAUGGCGGUGAAGCUUGUCAUCUUUUCCCUUAGACCCGGGCCAGCCUAGAAGUUGGAUAUUGAGAUUGUUCAUUGUAGUGAACUGAAAAGGGAUAGUAGUUCGGAAGACAAUAGAGUUGUGAUGGCCACAAGGUUUAGAGGCUCAACUGAGAGUUUGUGGGAGGUUUGACAAGCGAAUGUAUGCCUUAAAACGAGGAGACCGGGUGUAAAAUUUGGGAGUCAAGCAACCCAGUCCUUGGUUGCAGUCCGUAGGUUGUUCGUAGGGAAGUAUGAUGAAAUAAGAUGGUAUUGCUGGCUUGGAAUUCUGGCUGUUGAGAAAUUCCAUCGCAGUGGGAAUUGUGCUUCCUUUUAUCUCUUUCCCAGCCAGCAAGAACGAUCCAGGUCUGGGGGUUAGUAAGGGAUGCGAACUUCACAAGGAAUUGUUACUAACAAUAACUUACAACCAGUAAAUGGCCCGAAUGUCUCUGCGAGUGAAACUAACGGGGCAAGAUGAAUAUAGACAUGCAUAGCUGGCGGUUAGGCCAUGAUGCUACCAAUGAUAACACCUAUUGGGUAUAAGUCUCGGUAUAGAUGGAACACUCUGAUCCCGUAACUGCAAUCCCGACCAACAGAAGUGUCCAAUAGGACACUAUCCCACAUGAACGGCUGGCAAGGGUUCACCGUAUCAAAAUCUGCUAGACGCAAAUAGAAUAAAAGAGGCAGAUUCGGCGCUUAGAAGCUGUCCUAAAUGAACCUGCGUCUCUGCGUACGGAAUAUCGAUACAGCUCGCCAUUGUAGUGUUUGGGGAACCUACAUCUCGCACGACCAUAUGGGUAUGGCUUAUCCUAUAAAAUUUCGCGUUAACAGACGAUUUAUCUUGAAAAUCGGGGGAAUUACACAGUAGAGGAUCCUAUUCCUUUACUCACCUCUUUAGGUACCCAUUCAAUAUUGUGUUAGUAGCAUCAGAUAUGGCAGGGUUGAGCAUUUCAGAAGGCUGCCACCCAUCUCAUGAUUGUCAUCAAACGAGCGGGGAUUGGCAGCUCGGAGUUGCAGCCCUCUUAGGGGUUGCUGGAACUGCCUAAUCAAGCUUAGAAUCCUGUGGGUAUACUCUGUCCCAUGCAUGAUCAUUUCAUGUAAAUGUUGGCUGGGCGCUUAGUGGAUGCAGUUUUGGGGGCGGAGUUGGUAAAUCCAUGCGUGGAGACACGCGUUCGAUGUGAUUGUCGCCAUAACGCUCAAGGAUUGAACAAAGAGAAUGCGCCGUCCCAUUUUAGUAGCGGACAGUUCCGAUGGAAGACACAGUGGACGGCCCAUGGGUUCCCUGCCUAACUGCGUAGACGUGCUGUUAUUGAUUAGCCUAAGUUAUUGGAAGUUAGCCAGUCGUGAAACAAGUUUACAAGGUCUAGGACAAGCAGGUUCGGCGAAUCGCUGACCUGAUGGUUGCUAGAGCGGAAUGAAAAGUUCAGGCAACUGGUCAACUUCAAGGAGCGGGAGCUUAUAGGCGCCGGGUACAGAGUACAUGGAAUGAAAAGGAACCUGAGCGGGAGAUAUCCAUUCGAUAUUAAUAGAACACCUCGGGAUCCUCCUUGUUACGUUUUGUUCGUUACAUGAUUGGUUGCAGUCCGCCCCUUGCUAACUAAGUUAACUAGUUAUGACUAAGCAGAGUUUUCCAUUCUUUGGGUUAUUUAAGGUAGCUGCCGUCCCGCAGAGAGUUCGCCCGAAGUCAUCCCGCUGAGUCUAGGGAUCCUUAUUCACCAUCGCCUCUCUAGGGCAUCGUUACAUUGGAGGCUUCACGGCAGACACCAUUAACCCGAAUCUCAUUGCAAUCUUCGCAGCUCUGGGGCAUCUCUCCAAGUGUUCAUUUUAACUGUGCUGCAAGUGCCCCGCACUCCAUACUCGGUAACUAAAAUGUGUCUUGUCAACGCAUCAUUAGAAUGGUGCUAAUAUAUGUUUAGCUCUCACCCACACUUUACAGAACUGGAGGCUUUAGUUGUAGCUACCUGCGUACUCUGCAAUGGCUGAUUCAGACGCCGUGGACCCCUUUACUCCUAAAGAGGGCUAUGGCCAGGAAUGUGGAUAUCCUUUGGUCCCAAGGAUGCAUCCCAUUCGCUUGGAUGAGAGCCGUGUAUUAAAACGGAAAUUUGACGAUUCUGGAGAGAGGCAAGCAAUGGAGUUGAUUGCUAAGACAACAACCAUUCCUGUUCCAAAGGUUUUUGAGGCGCGGUACGUCGAUAGGGAAGAGGGUAAGAAUUUUUAUAUUGUGAUGGAAUAUAUACCCGGCAAGCCUCUAAAUGUCGCUUGGAAUGACCUAAGUGAGAGUCAGAGAAAAGCUACCUGUCUCGAAAUCGAUGGAUAUCUUGCUCAACUUCGAAAGCUGACGGGCGAUCGAAUUAUGGCAGCAGAUGGUGGUGCACUAGACGUAGGCCUCUAUCAAAGGCGUUAUCUAGGACCUUAUGAUACUGAACAGGAGUUUCAUCAUGCUUUGGGCAAGGGUGAGCCUCAUGACUUGGGCAACAACCAUACCAUUCAUUUUGCCCAUGCAGACCUAGCACCCAGAAAUAUCAUAGUCGAUGAUACAGGCCACAUCAACGCCAUCGUUGACUGGGAACGUGCAGGGUGGUAUCCCGAAUACUGGGACCUUGUCCGGAUGUAUACCGACCCCCCUCUUAAGCGCGAGAUGAAUGGCUAUACCAAACUUUGGAAAACCCUCUUCACUCGCACGUACGAAGAUGAAUGCAACGCAAUGGUGGAUCUGGUUCAACGGACAAUACCUCCAUAUCCGGAUGGAGUUAGGAGUGAACGGCGUCCUAGUGUUUUAGCCUCGUAUUCCUCUCAUGCGGAGGAGUUGCGCAAGACUCUUGAGGCAAAAUUUGGAUAAACGUAUCAAAGCUUUGAAGCUAUCGUCUUUAUAAAUUAUCUUCUUCCAUCAAUGACUGACUACGUAGCCUUGAGUGUCCUGUUCAGUUAAAACUCGUCCAUUGGCGUAGUUAUGUCAUCUUGUUACGAUACCUCUGUGAAAUGCUCUGAUGCCUUUUCCACCAUCAAGUGAACACGCAUUACUUGAAUGAUACCCAUUCAAUGACUUCUGCUUGCACUCAGCAUGGGGACCGGGAGUGUAAAGGCACACAUCAAAUGGGAUUUAGGAUUACACUGCUAGCUAGAGAGCCAACCGGAGCAUGAAGAUCCUCUACUCGCUAGCCUCAUGGUCUUUCCUUUCUACUUCUGUUUAUGCCUUUCUGACGGUAACAGCCCCCUGAAGCCCUCCUCUUCGCCUGUCAUUU